UGGCGGGAACUGCAGUCUCCUCAGAGCGGGGGCGCGCGCUCGUUCUAAUGAUCUCACACAGGAGUUUCUCGCAUUCAACCGAAAGCGCCUGUAACGUUAAACCGUUUGUUAUUAAACUUUUCUUUUCGAGUUAAAACAUUGCGUUUAUGACAUACGACUUAAGCUUUACGUCAUAUCAGCAUGAAUCUGUUGAAAAUGAUUUACAGCAACGUUAUUCUUCUCAUUCAUCUCUGCUUGGAAAAAGUGGACAGCAAAACCUUGCUCUCAUAUGAUGACUUUUACCCUGAGUAUGUGCCAGAUCGGCAGCCGUGGAACAUUGCCCGUGAGGUCUGCCAUCAGCGUUCAGGGACCCUGGCGAAGGUUUCCAACACUGAAGAAAUGCAAAAACUUAACAAUUUUCUACGGUCUAUAAAUAUCGGCCAACCUGUAUGGAUAGAAAGUGCAGGCUUGUUCCAAAAAAGUGGUUCUCCAGACAUAUACAUGCUGGAAUUCCCUAAGCGGCCACACCGGAAAUCAGCUCGCCUUCGCUAUAAGUUCCCAAACAUGGAAGCGCUUACAGUUUGCACUCACCUCCAGUUAGAUCCAACUUGUCACGGGGUUUCCACAAUCUUCUCAUAUGCCAUAGAGCUAUUUAUUAAAGAAUUUCAACUCCAAGCACAGAUCGUGAGUAACGAACCCGUCCAGCUUGCAUUGCUGGUGCAUGGUUUGAACACCACCUACAUAACCAGCUUUCCCAAUGACGCCUCCUGGCACUUUGUAUGUGCCAGUUGGGUUGGGAAUAGCGGGGAGUGGGUCAUCUGGGUGGAUGGAAGAAUGGUGGGUUCUGGGAAUUUCCCCAACUCCACCAAUCACAUCGGAGGUGAUGGCCUUUUUAUGAUUGGACAAGACCAGGAGACCUACGGAGGCUACAACAACAACAACAACACUCUUUGUGGAAACAUUACGCAGCUUUUCAUGUGGGAUCGUUUGUUGCUCCAAACUGAAGUCCAAAGCAUGGAAAAAACCUGUUCACCCGUUCCUUCUGGCUUGUUCUUCAGGUGGAAUGAAUCCGCACUAGAAAUUGAAACCUCUCUACAGACACGUAGAGGGAACUCGCCAUGUCAAGGUUCCAGAAGUCAACCACCAAACCAAAUUCUCAUCUCUGGGUUGAAUCAGAAUUUUUCAAACAAGACUUGUGUAACCUUUGACCCUGUAAGUGGGAAACCGAUUAAUGACUCGUGUUGGACACACAGAGGAAGCGUCUGCCUGGUCCCCAAAGUGCAGCUGGACUUUGAUUUUCCAGGGACUUCAUUCUUCUCAAAAGUCAGCAGCGAGUUUCAUUCGAAACCUGAUACUGAAAAUGCAAAUGCGACCUUUUUCUCUGAGAACGAACUGACACGUCAUAUUUCCCUCUUGAGCGCAGUAUUGAGAGUUCUGGACAGCAAUGCAGAAAUCAUAACACCUUCUGAUCUUCUGUACCUCACUGAAACCAUAGAGAAAGCCACUCAACUCAAUAAAAUAGGCAUUCCUGCUGAACUCUUCAAAUCCAUGAUCCGCAAAAACCUAGAACUAGUCAGCAGGCUCAUUGACCCCAAUAUGGCCGAAAAGUGGGAGGAUUUGAAAAAUUACCCCGGACCAUUGACAAUUAUAGAAAAUAUUGACAAGCAGUUAUGGAUUCUGGCGGAUGAGCUCUGGGCCGAACACCAAAGCUUCACAAUGUCAACAAAGAGCAUGGAUAUCCAUCUGGAGCCGCGACGACUGGCUCAGGUGAGCUGCGGUUGUGUUUUCAAGCCCUCAGUUCACGGCGGUCAGUUUGGCAGCCAUGAUGAAAUCAUCAUACCAGAGUCUGAAAUGCAGAGAGUCUUUACUUUAGGCCAUAAGGAAGUGAUGCUGAUUCAUACGUACUACAGUAACCUGGCUGAGAUCUUGUCCAGACUGGAGGUCAAAACCACUGCUGAACAACUGACAGACGGCAAGAGGCAUCACACUGGUCAGCUGGCCACAGCAGUGAUCUCAGCGACAGUGCGGGAUGUUCCCAGAGCAGAAAAUAUUCCUGUGUCUGUCCAGUACACUUUAUCCUCUGGGAUUCAGACUGAAUACUCCAAACAUGCUACUCCCGUCUGUGUCUUCUGGAAUAUUGGCUUGAUGCCGGGUCAUACAAGUGCUUGGUCCAACAAAGGGUGCAGAGUGGUGCCUUCACCUCUUGAUGUCACUUCCUGCUUUUGCAACCACACCACCAAUUUUGCUGUCCUCAUAAAUUAUAUGGAGUCACGGUGGAGCGCUACAGAGGAGAGUGUUCUGACGAAGCUGACGUUUAUCGGGUCUGGAGCGUCUCUCUGUGCACUGCUGGUGACCUUGAUGCUGUUUACUGUGUUGGAGUAA